AUGAAAUUGUCUUCAUUGGAUGAGAAGCUGCGUUGGUUGGGACAUGUGUUACGUAUGCCGAACCAUCGUUUGCCGAAGAGAGUGCUGUUUUCCAUGUCCAAUUCAGAGUGGCGUAAACAGAGAGGUGGCCAACCUUUGACUUGGCAGAGGAGUAUGAAGGAGAUCACGAAACGCUUGGGUGUUGUCGGUGCUACUCGCCUUCCAGGAUGGGGACCGCGUGAUCCUCACUGCCUGGUUGGAGACACUAUAAGAUAUGGCUGCCAACCGAUGUCAGUGGCGUUCUUGUUGCUUUCAAAUAAGUCAUGGUUGUACGGCAGUGAGGCAUCGGUGUUGAACACUGAUGUCAUGCUGUCGAUGGUGAUGAUGGUGACCGGCCUCCACUCAUUUGGAUCCUACAGCUGA